AGCCAUUCCCGCGACAAGACAUUUUGCAACGCCCCAAACUCUAUAGAAUCGAGCCCAUGCCCAUAUAUUAUUUUUGACAAAUUGCGAGCGAUAAACGGAGAGAAUUUUCUACUCGAAUAUUCAGUCCUUCCCAGUUCCCACUUCACAGACCCCAAUUCCGCUAGAUUCAGAGCUUCUUCUGGGAAAAAAGAAAAAAAGAAGAGAAAGAAGCGUUCAACAUCUGCUUCCAAUGGAUCAGUUUGACGAGUCCCUCAGGAGCCAAAUAGCGGCCCUUCUGCGAGUUAUGAACGUAACAAGAUGCUUUAAAGAGGACAAUGUUCCGUGCGAAAUUGAAGAGGGUCUUUUCUUGGGUUCUGUUGGAGCUGCAAAUAACAAGAAUGCACUGAAAAGCUUCAAUAUCACACACGUAUUGACUGUGGCUAGUACAUUGUUACCUGCACAUCCAAACGAUUUUGUAUAUAAAGUCAUUAAUGUCACCGACAGACAAGAAACAGAUAUAAAACAGUACUUCAAUGAGUGUUUCAAUUUUAUUGAUGAAGCUAAAAGAUUGGGUGGUGGAGUGUUGGUCCAUUGCUUUGUGGGAAGAUCCAGAAGUGUGACUAUAGUUGUUGCCUAUCUGAUGAAAAAGCAUGGAAUGAGCCUAGAUCAAGCUCUGGAACAUGUGAAGAACAGACGGGCACAGGCAGCUCCUAAUUCUGGUUUUAUUUCUCAACUAAAGGACUUGGAAAAAUCUCUUCAAGCACCCCUACUAAAUCCACUCUCCAGUUGCAUCUCCAUAUGAGAAGAAUACGUGUUGAAAUGCAGAGAGUCCUAGCAUUACAGAUUGCCUUUUGGUUUGUUACCAGGAUCAGACGUAAUCUUCUUUGUAGAGAACUUUGCCAGCUUAAUAGAAAUAGAUGAUGUUGAUUUGAUUAGAUAUAUUGCAAUAUUGGCACGAUGUAUAUUGUUAGUCACUGGACGUUAUGCAUGUGAACUAGAGUGAAAUACUCUUGUGAUGUUGAUUAAAUAUAUUGCAAUACACUAUUCUAACACAAA